CUCUGGUGGUGAGCGGUUUGUGCCUAUGUUCAUAGGUCAACGCUCUCUUUCAGCACGCGGGUCCCUUCAGGAGUGACAAUUGCCCCCUUGGAUGCGGGACUGGUGCGAGGGAAGCACCGAUAAAUAUGUGCCGGUAACAGGGGCUGCCGCUUUUCGCGCUGAGUGCGUUUUCGGGACUAGAGAGGUACUAGCCAUUGUACCAGGAUCCGUGGUCGGGAAUGCUCGUGAAGAUGCUGUGGAAUUGGAAGAUCCUCGUUUCGCACGUGUGCUGCGCCAGCUUCCUUCUGUUCUGGAUUAUACUGGGCACGGCAGUGGUGGACGUGAUAGGGUCCCAGCAAGGGAUUCCUCUCUCAGUGGUGAAGUUAUGGGCCUCAGCGUUUGGUGGAGAAAUUAAAUCAAUUUCUGCAAAAUACUCUGGAUCCCAGCUGCUGCAGAAGAAAUAUAAAGAAUUGGAAAAGUCUGUCCGAGUGGAAGAAAUUGAUGGCAUGAAAGUGGUCAAAAAUCUAUCGAAGAAGAUGGAGGACAUGUUCCGGAAGAAAAAGGAGGCAAUUCGGAGGCUGGUGGAGGCAGCAGAAGAGGCACAUCUACAGCACGAGGAAAACCCAGAGCUGCAGUAUGAGUACUUCAACGCGGUGCUGAUCAACGAGGUGGAUGAGGAGGGCAACAACGUGGAGCUGGGAGGAGAGUUUGUCCUCGAACCCAAUGAACACUUCAACAACCUGUCAGUCAACCUCAGCCUCAGUGUGGUGCAGGUGCCCACCAACAUGUAUAACAAAGAUCCUGCCAUAGUGAAUGGGGUGUAUUGGUCAGAGGCCUUGAAUAAAGUGUUUGUGGAUAACUUUGAAAAAGAUCCGUCCCUGAUAUGGCAGUACUUUGGCAGUGCCAAGGGCUUCUUUAGGCAGUAUCCCGGGGUCAAAUGGCAUCCAGACGAACACGGGGUCAUCGCCUUUGACUGCAGGAACAGGAAAUGGUACAUCCAGGCAGCGACAUCUCCUAAAGACGUGGUGAUUCUAGUAGACGUGAGUGGCAGUAUGAAGGGCCUGAGACUGACCAUCGCCAGACAGACGGUCUCCUCUAUACUGGACACACUGGGAGACGACGACUUCUUCAACAUCAUCGCUUACAAUCAAGAGAUUCACUAUGUGGAGCCUUGUCUGAAUGGUACACUGGUACGAGCAGACAGAAACAAUAAAGCUCAUUUUAGAGAACAUCUGGACAAGCUGUUUGCCAAAGGGAUUGGUCUGCUGGGUGAUGCUCUUACCGAAGCAUUCACCAUUCUAAAUGAUUUUAACCAGACUGGGCAUGGCAGUGUGUGUAGCCAGGCCAUCAUGCUUGUGACUGACGGGGCCACACAGAUGUACGACGAUGUUUUCGCCAAGUUCAACUGGCCAGACAGAAAGGUGCGCAUAUUCCCUUACCUGAUUGGCCGAGAGUCUGCCUUUGCUGAUAACAUGAAAUGGAUGGCCUGUGCUAAUAAAGGGUAUUUCAGUCAGAUCUCCACACUGGCUGAUGUACAGGAAAAUGUGAUGAGGUAUCUUCAUGUUAUGAGUCGUCCUAAAGUCAUCGAUCAUGAACAUGACACGGUCUGGACAGAGGCCUACAUGGACAGCACUGGGAGUAUCAUACUCUCCCAGGCACACAAGUCCAGAAACAAGAAGGGCCCCAGCCUGAUGACCACUGUGGCCAUGCCUGUGUUCAGCACCAAGAACGAAACGAAGAACCAGGGUAUUCUCCUAGGGGUAGUGGGCACAGACAUUCCCCUACAGGAACUCAUGAAGAUCAUCCCUAAACACCUGCUGGGUAUCCACGGUUACGCAUUUGCCAUCACUAACAACGGCUACAUCCUGACCCAUCCAGACCUGAGGCCACUGUACCAGAAGGGCCAGAAGAGGAGGAAACCCAACUAUAGCAGUGUGGACCUGUCUGAGGUGGAGUGGGAGGACAAGGAUGACUUUCUGCGUAAUGCCAUGGUCAACAGGAAGACUGGGACUUUCUCCAUGGAAGUGAAGAAGACAGUGGACAAAGGGAAACGUCUCCUGAAGAUGCACAAUGACUACUACUACACUGAAGUCAAGGGAACUCCCUUCAGUGUCGGUGUGGCUUUGUCCAGAGGCCAUGGCAAAUUCUUCUUCAGAGGAAACGUCUCCGUAGAAGCAGGGCUUCAUGACCUGGAACAGCCAGAUGUUGCGCUGGCAGACGAAUGGACGUACUGCAACACAGAUGAGCACUAUGAGCACCGUUCUCUCUCCCAGAUCCAGGCUAUUAAACUCUACCUGACCGGACGCAAACCACUCAUCAAAUGUGACAGGGAGCUGAUCCAGGAGGUUCUGUUUGAUGCUGUGGUCACAGCCCCACUGGAGGCCUACUGGACAGGCCUGGCCCUCAACAAGUCAGAAAAUUCAGAUAAAGGUGUGGAGAUUGCUUACCUGGGCACACGCACUGGCCUCUCUAGAACCAACCUGUUUGUUGUCCAAGAGGAUCUAUCCAAUCAAGACUUCCUGACAGCGGAGGAUAAGGAGGGGGUGUUUAACGCUGACCACUUCCCCCUGUGGUAUAAGAGAGCAGCAGAGCAGGUCCCUGGCACAUUUGUCUACUCCAUCCCCUUUGGAGGAAAUGAGAAUAAGAGUGUGGUUUUGGCCAGCACCGCCAUACAGCUGCUGGAUGACAGGAAGUCACCCAUUGUUGCAUCCGUUGGGAUUCAAAUGAACUUGGAUUUCUUUCAGAGGAAGUUCUGGACCGCUAGCAGACAGUGUGCUGCUCUGGAUGGGAAGUGCAGCAUCAGCUGUGAUAAUGAGGACAUCAAGUGUUACCUCAUAGACAACAACGGCUUCAUUCUGGUCACAGAAGACUACUCUCAGACGGGGGAGUUCUUUGGCGAGGUGGAGGCUGCUGUUAUGACCAAGCUGCUCCUCAUUGGCUCCUUCAAGAGGAUCAAUCUGUAUGACUACCAGGCUCUCUGUAGAGAGUAUGCUGGCAGCAGUGACAGUGGACACUGUUUAUCACAUCCCUUCUCCAUUGUGAAAUGGCUCCUGACUGAACUAGUAAUUUUCCUCCUGGAAUUCAACCUGUACAGCUGGUGGCAUGUUGACAUCUCUGUCAAAGCCCAAAACUCGAGGGGAAAGACCAUGUUGGUGCCAUGUGAUACUGAGUACCCUGCCUUUGUCUCUGAGCGUACCAUCAAAGAGACCACGGGCAACAUUGACUGUGAGGGCUGUGUCAGAUCUUUUGUUAUUCAGCAGAUUCCCAGCAGUAACCUCUUCAUGGUUGUCGUGGACAACAAGUGUGACUGUAGCUCCACCCUUCCAGUUUCCAUGGACCCCAUUGAGAUUAUGUAUAUCCUUGUGAAGUUUGGGAAUAUUAAGUCUGUUUCUUAGUAAAAAAGGUUUUGAGUGUGUUUUUACUAGGAAGGGUUUUUGAGUGAGCUUUUGUAAGUGAACUCAAACAUUUGUUUUCUGAGAAGAUCAGCAGCUUCUGAGGUACUGCAUAGUCAGAGGUAUUAAUACAUUUCUCAUACAUGUAGGUAUUUUUGAAGCGUGCAAUAUGGUUUGUGUUUCUCAUCAAGCUACAAUGAUGUUGCAGAAAUGGUCACCACAGUGUCAGUUAAAUGCAUAUCUGAGGUUUGGUUCAUCAGUAUUUCCAUCCUUAACCCCUCUGAACACAACGAAUCUCUGAAAUGUGAUAGGCUGAAGUUUCAGAAGGACAGGAAGCGACCAGAAUCAUGUCAUCCUUUCCACCCUGAGGAGAAUGCCAUGGAGUGUGGAGGAGCAGCAGGCCUGUCUGCCCCCCUCACAGCAGCACUGCUCCCCCUGCUGGCCACUCUCUUCACCAGAUGACCAUACUGCCGCUGAAGCCCACCACACUGGACCCAACACUGGAACCAACACUGGAGAGACUGAUAGACCGGCUUUAACACACCAUCAAAUGCUGACAAAGUGCAGGGAGCCUCGCCAACCAGAAGAACCUGCUCAUAACUAACUGAGUUGCUUAUCGCUAACCAGCAGAGAAAUAAUGAAUAAGAAGGCAUUGUUCAAGAUAAAUAGAACACUGUUCCAAGAGGGAAACCAUAUGGACAUCAGACUGAGAAAUACACUAUGAGAAAGCACUGUGAUGCAAUGAUGUCAUUCUGAGAGCAUUACAGACCCCUGUGUGGAUGCCAGAGCAAAGAAAUCAAUAUCCCUGUGUACUUUACCUGCACUGUAGAAAAUAAGACCUUCUAUGUCAAGGUAGUUAUGAAAUAACUAGAAAAAAUGUCACCUUUUAAAAAGAGUGGUCUAUCUUUACAAUUGAAAAUAAACUGCUAAAAAUGAUAACAUAGAUCCGCAAUUGUUUUAUUUUUUGAGCUAAAUAUAUGUAGCAUUAUCUUGGAGAAUCUAAUUCUGUAUUUUGGGAUAUGACAGGGAUCAUGUGAAGUAAGAGAUUACAGGAUGGUUGAAGUCCAUUUAUUUUGCCUGCUUUUCAUUUUUACAGCAGUGAACAUUUCAUACAGAGUAAAAAGAUGCAUGUGAAGGAUAAAAAAAAAGACUUAAGUUCCAUGAAAGGAAUAAAGUUCAAAGCUUUGGCUGCAAACUGAAAAUAUGAACAUUUGCCUGUUUUAAGAAUGUUAUUGUUACCUUGACUAUAACCCAUAAUGCUGACCCCUACCCUUGAACCUUAAACCCCUAUCCUUUAAGAAGGCUGCUAAAAUCGAAAUAAACACAGACCUAUUUUCCAUCA